AUGCCUUCUACUGUUGUGCGUGUGGCGGUUGCCUUGUCAGGUGGAGUAGAUAGCGCCGUUGUAGCAUUGCUGCUCAAACGUUGCGCACCCCAAUGGCGUGAUGUUGAGGCUCUCUGCAGUUUGAAGUAUCCAUUGUCGUUGAGUGAGAUACAGAAGAUUCUGGAACAGCAUCGUUCUUGGUCUGAUGUACUUCAAACUCCAUGCGAAACGAUGAGAAGAUCUCAUUAUGAUCUGACGGCACCUGUUCACUAUUUUCCAGUAUUUAUGAAGAACUGGGAAGAUGCCGCAGAAGUACAUGGUAGUCGUCCUAGUUGGUGUGAAGCCGCACAGCAGGACUACAACGAUGCCACUGAAAUCGCCCGCUCGAUUGGUUUACUGCGCAACGGAGAGAUGAUGCCGCUGCACAAUUUCAGUGCUCAUUAUGUAGAAAAAUGCUUUGAGCCCAUGUUGGAUGCCUACGCUCGUGGGGCCACACUGAAUGUGGAUAUCUUGUGUAAUUCUGAGGUGAAAUUUCAUGUCUUUUUACACACCUUACUUAACUCAGGGAAAGCACAUUACAUUGCUACCGGCCAUUAUGCCAGGACUGCACUCUUUCCAUGCGAUGAUAAUGACAGAGGUGAUAAGGUGCAGGUGAUAGCGAGACCAUUUUCUGCAGGGCGAGACCUUAACGAUCAAACUGUGUUUUUAUCUCGUCUUUCUACAUUACAGGCUUCUAAGGCGUUAUUUCCACUGGGUCAUGUGUUUGAGCGAAAAACCGAUGUACGCGCUGUGGCAACUUACUUUGGUUUGACACCUGUUUGUAAAAAGAAAACAAGUACUGGGAUAUGUUUUGUUGGUGAACAUUACAAACGUAAAUCACAUGAUAAGAAUAAUAGUGAUAAUGAUAACGGAAAAGGUAAUCCUGGAGGUGGUUUCAGUUCAUUUCUAGAAGAGUAUAUUGACCCAAAUAAUGUCACUCUUGAGCAGAUUGUAGCAAGCGGGGGUAAAACGACAUUUGUGAACGCUGAAACAGGAAAUGAAAUUGAUGCAUCCAAACUUCUCUUGUUUGGAAGAUAUACCCGAUCUGUACUUCCUGCGUACAGUGUAACGCUUGGUCAGUUGAUCCGUGGUAAGGACCAUGACGGGCGUAGUCUGCGUUACUACGUACAGAAUAAAGAGUUAUUUCCAUUACAGGAAUCUAAUGGAGGAAAAGAAGAAGAAGAAGAAGAAGAAGAAGAUGGUCUGCGUUUUUUGCGAACUGUGUGGUUGGUGGACCGCUGGGAUCAUCCACUGUUGUACAAGAGUGUGGUAGAGUUGGAGGAUGUGGUACUCUCACUUCAUCCCCGUUCUCUUGGGCAAUAUACGGAAGAAAUACGUAUUGAUUGUCUUUGUUGUGCACGACAUCAGGAGCCUCUUCGUCAAGCCACUUUGUGUUUUGCGUUGUGUAAUGUACAUGAGUCGAAUGACUGCAUUCGUGUUAGUUGUGCCACUGUUGUAUUUAAUGCCCCUGUACGAGCUCUAACUGCUGGACAGGCACUCGUGGCGUAUUGGCCGCUUCGUAAGAAGUGUGAUGUGGAUAGUGCUGCAUCUUUAUUCGUGCUGGCGAGUGGAUGGAUCGCACAAUCUACAGAGAACUGUGGCGUUUGA